AUGAACGGAGGAAACGAUCUUGUGCCAAGACUUGGAUUUGAAGAAAUGAAAAGUGAAAUGAACAAGUAUGGAGUAGAAAUAGCUCAAAAUACGUUAAAAAAUCCUACAACAGAAGAUGUGCAAGGUGUUUAUAGUAUAUGUAUAAAAUACAUUUUAAAUAAAGACAUUAACAAUAUAAGGAUUGAAGAAUUUACUGGAGAUUUAAAAAGUUCUAUGCCAUCAAUUGAUGGUAUUCAAAUAUUACCAAAUGAAGGAAAGAAUCAUUUACAAGCUAUUGGUAAUUUAAGAUUUAUUAGACAUUGUGAAAAAAUUAAUAGGAUAUUAAAUAUUGAAAAUACAUUGAGUUAUAUAUUUAAACCUGUAAGUAGUCAUGUAACCAAAUUAAUUAAUGCCUUUAUAUAUUUUAUGAAAUAUAAAGAACAGUUAUAUAAUGAAAAUGAUGCCAAAAUUAAAAAAAUUCAAGAAAAAAAAAUUGAAGACAGUACUCUAGAUAACGAACUCAAAAGUGUUCAGAACGAAUUACAAAUAUUACUUUCGAAACAUGAAGAAAUAAGGAAUAGUAUUCUGAAGGAAAAAAAUACAAAAAGAAAUUACGAGGAAGAAAUUAUCGAAAACCAAAAUCUUUUAAAUUCUCAACAAAGUGUUAUUAUUUCCUUAAAAUCAACAAAAGAUAAAAUUGUCAAUGAAACAAAUGAAUUAAUUUUUCAGUUUUCUAGACUUCGACAAAAAAAAGAAGAUUUAGAAGAUCAAAUUGUUCCUUCACCAGAAAAAUUACAACAAUAUAAUGAAGAAUUAAAGGAUUUAUUAUUUGAACAUUUGUCUUAUUUUGAAGCAGAUAAAAAAAAAAAUGAAGAAAUUAAAAACAAAAUAAAUGUUGCUGACUUGUGCAUAAAAAAAUUGGUUGAUUUAUUAACUACCUUAACAAGUCAUAUAGAUGAAACAAUUAAAUUUCAUAUUAAUAAAAAAAGUGAAUUAAAAAGUUUGGAGAAAAAUAUAAAAUCUCUGGAAGCAGAAAAACAAAAUUUAACAAAUAAAAAACAGGAGCAACAACAGUUGCUAAUAAACACAGAACAGUCUUUUGUUCAGGAGCAAAAUAAAUGGAAUCAAAAAAUUGAAGAAGAACAAAAAAAUUAUGUCCUCGUCGAAAAAAAUGUAACACAAAUAUAUGAAAAUAUAGACAGUGUAAACAUAAAAAUUAAUAGAGAAGUGCAGGAAAUUAAAAAUAUCAUAAAACAUAUUCAGGAUACUAUAAAUAGCUAUAAUCAAAAUUUUGCUAUCAUUACGGACCUUAUAGAAAAUACGAAAAAAUCUAAAACCAUAUUGACGGAAAAAAUACAGAAUAAUGUGCAAAAAUUUAUUAAAACGCAUAUAUAA